GUUUGUUUCUUGAUUACAUUCGGUUAUUAUGGAAUUCUCUCUGAUAUUUCUAUCCAGCUAUUAUUAUUCUUUGGAUCCGUUCAACUUGUCAGUGGACUCAUUGGGUAUGAUUUCAUUGCAUACCUCUCUGUGCAGUUAAAGAUGUAUACUGCCCUACAAAAGAUCCACAAGGACAAGGAUGCUGAGCCCUCCGAGUUUGAGGAGAAUGUUGCUCAGGCAUUGUUUGAUCUGGAAAACACCAACCAGGAGAUCAAAAGUGAUUUGAAGGACCUAUACAUCAACUCUGCCUCGCAAAUUGAUGUUUCUGGAGGCAAGAAAGCUGUUGUGAUUCAUGUGCCUUACCGUCUGAGGAAAUCUUUCCGCAAGAUUCAGCCCAGGCUCGUGAGAGAGCUCGAGAAGAAGUUCAGUGGGAAGGAAGUGGUACUUAUUGCUACCAGAAGGAUAGUUCGCCCGCCAAAGAAGGGGUCAGCCGUUCAAAGGCCAAGAACCCGCACGCUUACUGCUGUGCACGAUGCUAUGCUCGAGGAUAUUGUUUAUCCGGCUGAGAUUGUUGGGAAACGUGUCAGAUACAGACUUGAUGGUUCAAAGAUCAUGAAGAGAUUGGAUAAAAAGCUAGAAAGUUCUAAAUCAAUACCCCAUUUGCUAGAACUCGUCUUCUUGGACCCCAAGGCAAGAAAUGACACCGAUAACAAGCUGGAGACAUUUGCUGGGGUAUACAGGAAGCUUUCGGGGAAAGAUGUCGUGUUUGAAUUUCCAGUAAAUGAUGCAUGAGAACGGAGCUGUUUCUUCUCUCGCUUUAUUUUUCAGUUUAUUUAAUUGAAAGGCAAUUUGGGGUAUUAUGAGAUGAGUAAGCUAAGCUAUGUGAAGUUUUGAUGGAGGGCCUCCUGCUGAAGAAUUUCGGUUUUGCAGAAAGUGUUGAACAUUAGUCUAUUUGUUAUAAUCUUACUUUUUUUGCAUUGCAUUGAUUACAUUAGUUUUGCUGGCUUGAUGCUUGAUGUACUUGCUCCUAUAUGUUGUGUUUACGCGCCAUAUGCUUUUAGAACCAUAAUAAUUUUUGAGUUUCCACUACACAAUAUUUAUUGGUGUGAUCAUGACAUUACAUUGCAAUCAAUUGAC